AUGGCGGCGAGCUUCUCUCCCGGCAAUCAUUGGCUUUUCUUUUCCGUGUACUUGUUUGUUUUCCUCGUGGGACUGCCCCUCAACUUGAUGGCCCUGGUGGUCUUCGUGGGCAAGCUGCGCCGCCGCCCGGUGGCCGUGGACUUACUUUUGCUAAACCUGACCCUUUCGGACCUGCUCCUGCUGCUCUUCCUGCCAUUUCGCAUGGUGGAGGCAGCCUGUGGCAUGAGAUGGCUCCUGCCAUUCCUCUUCUGCCCUCUCUCCGGGUUCCUUUUCUUCACUACCAUCUACCUCACCUCCCUCUUCCUGACGGCUGUGAGCAUCGAACGUUUUCUUAGCGUGGCCUACCCACUGUGGUACAAGACCCGGCCACGGCUGGCCCAGGCUGCUGUGGUCAGUGGUAUCUGCUGGUUCCUGGCGUCAGCUCAGUGUAGUGUGAUUUAUGUCACUGAAUACUGGGGAAAUGCCACCUACAGCCAGGGAACCAAUGAAACCUGCUACUUGGAAUUCCGGGAGGACCAGCUGGCCGUGCUCCUGCCUAUACGACUAGAAGCAGCUGUGGUCCUUUUCAUGGUGCCCCUGUGUAUCACAAGUUACUGCUACAGCCGCAUGAUGUGGAUUCUUAGCCGAGGAGCCAGCCGGCGCAGGCGGAAGAGGGUGAUGGGGCUUCUAGCAGCCACACUGCUCAUCUUCUUCGUCUGCUUCGGCCCCUACAAUAUGUCCCACGUGGUGGGCUAUGUCCAGGGUGAGAGUCCAUCCUGGCGGAGCUAUGUGAUCCUCCUCAGCACCCUCAACUCUUGCAUAGACCCUCUUGUCUUCUACUUCUCAUCCUCCAAGUUCCAAGCCGAAUUUCAGCAGCUCCUGGGAAGGCUGACCAGAGGUUGUGUGCGUUGGGCUCAGGAAGUCAGCUUGGAACUUAUGAUAAAGAAGGAAGAAGAGCCAUCCAAGGAGUGUCCAAGCUAGAAAAAAGGAAAGACCAGAGGAGGGGUGUGGAACCAUUGGCCCAUGCCUUGACUGGCAGCGAUAUCUCCAGGGGACGGGAAGGAGUAGGCAGGUGUGUCUGCAGGCAUUCAUUCUUAACUCCGGACAGAUGAGACUCCUGUGACAAGCUGAAGACACAGCAGUCACUCAGCUCUCCAAGGAUGUGCUCACAUUCUGACUCUCCAUGUCACCGUCCUUCUCAUCCCCUCAUACGCCCAGGAUCCACUCUGGGACGUUGUAAUGGGACAGACUUCUCUAGAAGGAAUAGUCUAACCUCUGCUGCACACAGCA